GGAUGUUCUUUCCUUCUCUCUCUCUCUUGAGGCCGAGAGUCCGAGACCCUCUUUUGUCUCUCAGUCAGUUCCACGAUAUCUGAUCAGGGAGUGGAGUAACCAGCAAGAUCGUGACUAAUUGCCGUCUCGGACGAAAAUACCCUUUGCUCCAUGUUCGAAUUGCGAGGCUCUGUAUAAAUUUCUCAGAUAGUUUUGAUUUUUUGAAUUGCCCUCUGUCUUCCAUUAAAACCCUAACCUGCGUUUCUCUUCUUCCACGGUGAACCCUUUUCUUCGCUAUCUAGGGUUUUAAGAAGAUCCCAAGAUAACUUCUUCAGCUGAGGAUCAAGGACUCUCAUGCUUGCAGUGACUCUGGUGGAGACCUUUCCUACAAUCACUGGUAGCCAGGUUAACAAAUGAUCCUAGCCACUAGAUCCAGCAUGCACUGUUGAUAAUUUAUGUUGUCUUUCUCACCCUAUUAGGCACAAGACAAUGAUUGUAACAAAGCAAUAUCGUUGCAUGCACUCGACAAGCUGUGUAUGCACUAAAGGUCACCUUAAUGAAGAUGUGAUUUACCUGGUUUUUCAACAAUUGAAUUGGAAUCCUAGAUUGAUAGCCACCCUAUCUUGUGUAUGCAAAUGGUUUGAUGACAUUGCAAAGCGGGUGCUAUGGAAAGAGUUCUGCCGCACACGAGCCCCUAAGAUGAUGCUUGAUUUGCAAUCUAGUGGGAGUCACAGUGUUGAUGGGAACUGGAAGGCACUUGGGAAACUGCUCAUUUACUGUUCAGGGUGCAAGAAGGGUGGCCUUUUUAAAAGCAUUCACAUGAAUCACAUCCCUGGCCACUUUGUCUACAGGACUCGGUUUUCUAGGACAUCAGGGAAAAGCUUUCUUUUACCCCAAUGCAGAACAGAUGUUUUAUAUGUCUCUGACCCCUGUGAACAUCUUGACCAGGGGGAGGAGGGUGAUGUGGGAUUCUUCCGUGGUGUUUUCAUGUCAUUUUCAGUUUCAAGAGUUCGAAAGAUGCUGAUAGAUAGGGAGGCCAAGCUUCACCCAACAGAAGUGUGCCCAUAUUGCAAGGCAAAGCUAUGGAGCAUGCUACAGGCCAAAAUGAUACCACGCAGUGCAUGUGACAGAUUGGGCUCUUAUGAAGAUUGCAUUGAGUAUUAUGUAUGCCUUAAUGGACACAUGCUUGGGAUCUGCACCCUUCUGCCCUUGUCUGAUUCAGAGGAGGCUUCUGAGUUGGAGUGAUUUUUAAAAUUGGAACAUGAUUUCCAUCAUCUUAAGUUUGGAAUAUCUUCUUAUUGCCAUGGAAGUUACUUGGACGUGGAUGAGAGAAACUGUUAAAGCUGUUAAAUUAUUGUCAACACUCUGUAGGGCACAGGAUUGUUAGUCACAUUAUUCUCCAUGUUUGGCUAUUAUGCCCUAAGCUUUUCCAGACAAACAUGACACUUGAAAUUAAAGGGGCAGCUGUUGUUAUUGACCUCUUCCCAUCGUCAAGUAUUUAUACCGUCUUAUCAUGAACAUUGUAAUCUAUUUGUACAUUGUAUGACCUACAUGUGUAUGUGAAUUGCAGCUUGUUCGUCCACAUUAAUCCA